AUGGGAUUGAAUACACCUUUUACCAUUUCGGCAAGUGGGUCACCCGGAGAACUUUGCACGAUUUUUGAUACGAACUUUCGUUUACUACUCUUCGCACCCAUCUAUCUAUCUAUCUAUCUAUCUAUCUAUCUAUCUAUCUAUCGCAGCUGGUUCAUUAUCUAUCUAUCUAUCUAUCUAUCUAUCUAUCUAUCUAUCUAUCUAUCUCAAUUUUUCUAUCUAUCUCGUUCUGUAUCUAUCUAUCUAUCUAUCUAUCUAUCUAUCUAUCUAUCUAUCUAUCUAUCUAUCUAUCUCAGUCUGUUCAUAUCUCCUCCCCCCUAUCUAUCUAUCUAUCUAUCUAUCUAUCUAUCUAUCUAUCUAUCUCAGUCUGUUUAUCUCUCUCUCUCUCUAUCUAUCUAUCUCAGUGUUCAUAUCUAUCUAUCUAUCUAUCUCAGUUUGUUCAUAUCUAUCCAUCUAUUCAUCUAUCUAUCUAUCUAUCUGUUUUAUUCGGUUGAUCUAUCUAUCUAUCUAUCUAUCUAUCUAUCUAUCUAUCUCAUUAUUUAUUGCUACUCACAAAACAUAAAUAUUUAUUCCAAUUUACUUCCGUUAUAUUUUCCUUUCAUGUUUUCUUUCCUUAUUUUUCCUUUUCACAUUCGAUUUCUGUCAAAGAAUUUAUUUUAG